UUGGGCCCUCUACUGGAGGAGUCAGUGGUGGCACCAGUGGAGGCAGUAGUGGCAACAAUGGAGGCAGUAGUGGCACCAACAGAGGCAGUAGUGGCACCAGCGGAGGCAGUAGUGGCACCAGCGGAGGAAGUAGUGGCAACAGUGGAGGCAUUAGUGGCACCAGUGGAGGUAGUAGUGGCACCAGUGGAGACAGUAGUGGCACCAGUGGAGGAAGUAGUGGCACCAGUGGAGGAAGUAGUGGCAACAAUGGCGGCAGUAGUGGCACCAGCGGAGGAAGUAGUGGCAACAAUGGAGGCAGCAGUAGUGGCAACACUGGAAGCAGUAGUGGCAACAAUGGAGGCAGUAGUGGCACCAGCGGGGGAAGUAGUGACAACAAUGGAGGCAGUAGUGGCACCAGUGGAGGCAGUAAUGGCACCAGCGGAGGCAGUAGUGGCACCAGCGGAGGCAGUAGUGGCAACACUGGAGGCAGUAGUGGCAACAAUGGAGGCAGUAGUGGCAACACUGGAGGCAGUAGUGGCAACAAUUUAGGCAGUAGUGGCACCAGUGGAGGCAGUAGUGGCACCAGCGGGGGAAGUAGUGACAACAAUGGAGGCAGUAGUGGCACCAGUGGAGGCAGUAUUGGCACCAGCGGAGGCAGUAGUGGCAACAAUGGAGGCAGUAGUGGCACCAGCGGAGGCAGUAGUGGCACCAGCGGAGGCAGUAGUGGCACCAGCGGAGGAAGUAGUGGCAACAAUGGAGGCAGUAGUGGCACCAGCGGAGGAAGUAGUGGCAACAAUGGAGGCAGUAGUGGCACCAGCGGGGGAAGUAGUGGCAACAAUGGAGGCAGUAGUGGCACCAGCGGAGGCAGUAGUGGCACCAGCGGAGGAAGUAGUGGCAACAAUGGAGGCAGUAGUGGCACCAGCGGAGGAAGUAGUGGCAACAAUGGAGGCAGUAGUGGCACCAGCGGGGGAAGUAGUGGCAACAAUGGAGGCAGUAGUGGCACCAGUGGAGGAAGUAGUGGCAACAAUGGAGGCAGUAGUGGCAACAAUGGAGGCAGUAGUGGCACCAGCGGAGGAAGUAGUGGCAACAAUGGAGGCAGUAGUGGCAACAGUGGAGGCAGUAGUGGCACCAGUGGAGGCAGUAGUGGCACCAGUGGAGGCAGUAGUGGCACCAGUGGAGGCAGUAGUGGCACCAGCGGGGGAAGUAGUGACAACAAUGGAGGCAGUAGUGGCACCAGUGGAGGCAGUAUUGGCACCAGCGGAGGCAGUAGUGGCACCAGCGGAGGCAGUAGUGGCAACAAUGGAGGCAGUAGUGGCACCAGCGGAGGCAGUAGUGGCACCAGCGGAGGCAGUAGUGGCACCAGCGGAGGAAGUAGUGGCAACAAUGGAGGCAGUAGUGGCACCAGCGGAGGAAGUAGUGGCAACAAUGGAGGCAGUAGUGGCACCAGCGGGGGAAGUAGUGGCAACAAUGGAGGCAGUAGUGGCACCAGCGGAGGCAGCAGUAGUGGCACCAGCGGAGGAAGUAGUGGCAACAAUGGAGGCAGUAGUGGCACCAGCGGAGGAAGUAGUGGCAACAAUGGAGGCAGUAGUGGCACCAGCGGGGGAAGUAGUGGCAACAAUGGAGGCAGUAGUGGCACCAGUGGAGGAAGUAGUGGCAACAAUGGAGGCAGUAGUGGCAACAAUGGAGGCAGUAGUGGCACCAGCGGAGGAAGUAGUGGCAACAAUGGAGGCAGUAGUGGCAACAAUGGAGGCAGUAGUGGCACCAGCGGGGGAAGUAGUGGCAACAAUGGAGGCAGUAGUGGCACCAGCGGAGGAAGUAGUGGCAACAAUGGAGGCAGUAGUGGCAACAAUGGAGGCAGUAGUGGCACCAGCGGAGGAAGUAGUGGCAACAAUGGAGGCAGUAGUGGCAACAAUGGAGGCAGUAGUGGCACCAGCGGGGGAAGUAGUGGCAACAAUGGAGGCAGUAGUGGCACCAGCGGGGGAAGUAGUGACAACAAUGGAGGCAGUAGUGGCAACAAUGGAGGCAGUAGUGGCACCAGCAGAGGCAGUAGUGGCAACAAUGGAGGCAGUAGUGGCACCAGCGGGAGAAGUAGUGGCAACAAUGGAGGCAGUAGUGGCACCAGCGGAGGAGGUAGUGGCAACAAUGGAGGCAGUAGUGGCACCAGCGGGGGAAGUAGUGGCAACAAUGGAGGCAGUAGUGGCACCAGCGGGGGAAGUAGUGACAACAAUGGAGGCAGUAGUGGCAACAAUGGAGGCAGUAGUGGCACCAGCAGAGGCAGUAGUGGCAACAAUGGAGGCAGUAGUGGCACCAGCGGGGGAAGUAGUGGCAACAAUGGAGGCAGUAGUGGCACCAGCGGGGGAAGUAGUGGCAACAAUGGAGGCAGUAGUGGCACCAGCGGAGGAAGUAGUGGCAACAAUGGAGGCAGUAGUGGCACCAGCGGGGGAAGUAGUGGCAACAAUGGAGGCAGUAGUGGCACCAGCGUACAGUGGGAGGAGCUUCACAAUUCUUCAUAA